UGAGAACAGCGCAGCAGCCAGUUUACAAAUCAGUUUGCUUCGCUGUUAGAAGGCGGCAGCUUUUAAGGCUGAGCUGAGAUGUUUGAGAGGUGGAACACUCUUGACCAUGAAAUAUGCUCUCCUUACGAGCCUCAGCCUUUCAAAGUUCUGUGCAUUAGAGUCAGGGAUUCCAUUCUUCCUGGAGCUAAGCGUGGGGCCAGCUGUAGUCAGCCCUCCUUUCUCUUGGGGAAGGCUGAUAGGAGUUUAAAAGGCUUGCAGUGGCCAGUGCACAAAGCAUUCCCAGAACCCUCAGCGACCCUUCUCUUUUACCUCUGCCUGUUGGAGACCACUUAGAUAGCGAAGCGGACUGGACGGCUGGAUUCAGGAAGCCAUGAAUCAUGUCACCAGGAGCCAGCUGCAGACUUUAAACUCAGUUCAGCAUGUGGAAGCAGCAGAGAAAUGACCUGUCCAGACAAGCCGGGGCAGCUCAUAAACUGGUUUGUCUGCUCCCUGUGCGCCCCACGAGUGUGUAAACUUUGGAGUAGUCGGCGUCCCAGGACCAGACGGAACCUCCUGCUGGGCACUGCCUGUGCCAUCUACCUGGGCUUUCUGGUGAGCCAGGUGAGCAGAGGCUCCUUUCAGCAUGGGCAGGCAACUGACAGAGGACCACCCAACAGUCGCAACAUCUUCAAGGUACCUUUCCCGGAGCUCCCCCUGGAUGCAACCCUGGCCCCUCCAGAGUCGCAGGGCAAUGGAAGCACAUUGCAGCCCAACGUGGUGUACAUUACUCUGCGCUCCAAGCGCAGCAAGCCUGCGAAUAUCCGUGGCACGGUGAAACCCAAGCGCAGGAAGAAGUAUGCGUUGGCAUCUGUAGUCCCUGAUCAGGAGAUGCUUGUUAGACCAUCCCUUAUACAGCAGGAAGUUGCACGGGAAGUUGCUGAAGUACCUGGUUAUGUUCAGGGUUACCUGAUCAAGGGUGGUGAACGACCCUGGAGGGUGCUGCACGGUCCUGGAGUCAGAACGAGAGGUUCAAACUUGAAGCAGCCUAGGGCCCAAGAGAGCAACAUUAGGAUUUAUAGCGAGAGCGCCCCCUCAUGGCUGAGCAAAGAAGACAUCCGCAGAAUGCGCCUCCUGGCUGAUGGUGAGGUGGCUAGCAUCCUACCAGCGAUCUCUAAGAGUGGUACCCGCUUGCUAGUGUUGGAAGGGAGCACCUCUGGCUCUGUGCCUGGCUGCGGACCUAACCCCUGUGGGCUUCUCAAGCAGCCUCUGGACAUGAGUGAAGUGUUUGCCUUCCACCUGGACAGGAUCCUGGGUCUCAAUAGGACCCUGCCAUCUGUGAGCAGGAAAUUAGAGUUCAUCCAAGACGGCCGACCUCGCCCUAUCAUUCUCUGGGACUCAUCUCUAGCAUCUGCAAGCAAUGAUAGCCAUUCUUCCGUUAAGAUCACCUGGGGAACUUAUCAGCAGUUGCUAAAACAGAAGUGCUGGCUGAAUGGCCGGGUUCCCAGACCUGAGUGGGGCUGCACUGAAAUUCAUCACCAUGAGUGGUCCAAGAUGGCUCUCUUUGAUUUUUUGCUACAGAUUUAUAAUCGUUUGGAUACAAAUUGCUGCGGAUUCAGACCUCGCAAGGAAGAUGCCUGUAUACAGAAUGGACUGAGACCAAAUUGUGAGAACCAAAAUUCUGUGACUUUAGCACACAUUAUCCAGAGGAAGAAUGACCCAAGGCAUUUGGUCUUCAUAAACAAUAAGGGCUUCUUUGACAGAAGCGAAGACAACUUAAACUUCAGAUUGUUAGAAGGCAUCAGAGAGUUUCCUGAGUCUGCAGUUUCUGUUUUGAAGAGCCAACACCUACGGCAGAAGCUCCUUCAGUCUCUGUUCCUUGACCAGGUUUAUUGGGAAAGUCAAGGAGGCAGGCAAGGCAUUGAGAAGCUUAUUGACGUGAUAGAGCGGAGAGCCAGGAUCCUUAUCACCUACAUCAACGCACACGGGGUUAGAGUAUUACCUAUGAAUGAAUGACAAAUGGCUUUCUGCCUUGAGGGCUAUACAUGUGUCACAUUUGGUUUUUCUUAAAUAAAAGAUAUCAACCUUAAGUGGUUCUAAGAAUGAGGUAGCAUAGUUGAAUGCAUGAAACUGACGCAGUUUAUAUCAUGAACUGAGUUUUAAAAGUUUGUAGAGUUUAAAGGUAUGCAGAUUCAAGAAGUUUCAGAAUAACAUAUUGCUUGUAAAAUGCCUGAUGAUAUUUUUUCUUAAGACUCUGGUAUGCGUCUCAGCAUCGUCAUUGCAUAAUGACCCAAAUGAUUAUUCCUACUGAUGUUUAAACCAUUUUCUUGUCAUUUGAGGGAACAGUAUAAACCAGAGACACUGGCUCUUCUAAUAAACCAUUCCCAUGAUGUUUGACUGACCUGACCAGCUGCUAGCAAUGAGUUGAUUGGCAUUGUCUUAUUGCUUAUGGUUACAACAGCUUUCCCAACAUUAUCCAGAGGCAAUUGUACAUCAGGAAAUUGAGGCAUGAUCUGCAAGAGCAGCAGUCUUGAAACACCUUCUAAGUAAACAUGGUAGUAGAUUCGGUACAAAUGACCAGUAUAUUUUCUAGAGUCUAAGAUAAUCAGCUACCUCUGAACAACAAAAAUCUAUCCUUUCCUUUUUAAGAAAUUUAUUGACAACAUAGAAAUAUCCAUAUGUAACAAUCGAUAUAUUAGUUAAAUCUGUUGUCUCAAUUUUGAUCUGAUUUAUGACUUGUGGUUAGAAAACUAAAAAGUUAUGAGGCAUGUUGUUACCUGUUUGAAAAUUUACUUGUAAAAUCUCUUAAUGUUCUUAUUGGUUGCUUAGUUUAAAAAAAUAAUUAAGGUUUCAUGUAGUUAAUAGUUAAGUCCAUGCUGGUUUUGAACUCCUUAUGCAUCAGAGGAUGAGCUUGGUCUUCUGAUGUUCUGUCUCCCAAGUGUUGGGAUUACAGAUAGGUAGUGCUCAGGGUCAAACUUGGGCCUUCAGUCAUGCUAGAUAGACGCUGUAUGACUAAAGCCCAUAACCCCAGCCCACUUUUAAUGAAUACUUAACAAUUUGUCAUUUUUUAUUUUAUUUUUUUUUAUUAUUCUUUUUUUUCCAGACAGGCUUUCUCUGUGUAGCCCUGGCUGUUCUGGAACUCACUCUGUAGACCAAGCUGGCCUUGAACUCAGAUAUCCGCCUGCCUCUGCCUCCCAAGUGCUGGAAUUAAAGGCAUGUGCCACCACUGUCUGGCAACAAUUUGUCACUUUAUAAAGGAUAUACUGUAAUUUCUGAAGUUUUUUUUUUUUUAUCAUAGAGGACUUCCUUGGUAUAAUUAGGUUUCAUCUGAUUCAACUGAUUAUCUAGGUAUUGACGAUAAGUUCAGAUAUUAAAUAUAUUAUAUAGAUCAGUUCAAUACAAGAAGUCUUAAUGAAACCCAACACACAUGACUGGAUUUUCUCACAGAGAAAACACAUGGAUAGAGAGCAUAUGGCAACAAAUUCGGCAAAAUAUUUUUUUCUUUUUGUUUUUGUUUUUUUUUUUUGUUUUUUUUUUUUCGAGACAGGGUUUCUCUGUGUAGCCCUGGCUGUCCUAGAACUCACUCUGUAGACCAGGCUGGCCUCGAACUCAGAAAUCCGCCUGUCUCUGCCUCCCAAGUGCUGAUAUUAAAGGCGUGUGCCACCACCGCCCGGCCAAAUUAGGCAAAAAUUAAAUCUCAACUAAUUCUCCCCCAAAUCUCUCUACCAGAUCAUUCAUUAAUUUGGAAGAACUAAGACACAGAAAGUUCAUGCUCUGAGUCUUUUGUCCUGGGAGAAUUUGCCAGGUCAUCACUUAUCCUUCUUAUAUGGAGCCCUCGAAUCUAGAGCAAAUUAUGCCUCUCUUGCUUUCAGCUCAAUUACCCCUUAUUUGAAAGGUUAUUUGAAAGAUUAGCCAGGUAUAAUGGUACAGAUCUGAAAUCCCAGCACCCAGGAAGCCAUGGAAGGCUUGCGAGUCUGAAGCCAGUCUGGUCUUCAUAUUGAUAUCCUGUCUGAAAUGUGCCCCUCUCUUCAUAAAAGCUGAUUUACUGACUUUUUCUUCUUUUGGAAACUUUAAAAAAAUAAAAAGUUACACAUUUUUUAUCACA